GCAAACGUUUGCUGUUGACUUCUCUCUUCUUCAUGGUGUUUGUCUCAGCCAUGUUGACCUGUAUGAGACUGAAUUACCAGCUUUUUGCAAGUACUUGAGGGCACAUCCCAUUAAAAGGACAUUAUGCCCAAGUGUGAUGUUAAAACCAGAUAUAUACCAGCGACAUUUGCUUGGACAUUGCUUAUUGUAGCCACUUCAUUAUUUUUUUAUUACCCGGCCCAGUAUUAUAUACCAGCACACCCAUGGGUACCAGCAUAUCAGGGUGUUAUUACCUUCUUCGUAUUGGCAAAUUUUACACUUGCUACUUUUAUGGAUCCAGGAGUUAUUCCGAAAGCCCCUCCUGACGAAGACAGGGAAGAUGAUUUUAGGGCUCCAUUGUAUAAAAAUGUCGAUAUAAAUGGUAUUACAGUUCGUAUGAAGUGGUGUGUUACUUGCAAAUUUUACAGACCGCCAAGAUGUUCACAUUGUAGUGUUUGUAAUCAUUGUAUAGAGACUUUUGAUCACCAUUGUCCAUGGGUCAACAACUGUAUAGGAAGAAGAAACUAUCGCUUCUUCUUUUUCUUCCUCAUAUCACUAAGUUUACACAUGAUUAGUAUAUUUACCUUAAGCCUCAUUUAUAUUCUAAAUUAUAAGCAAGCCUACACCAAUCCAGAACCAAUAAUAGCUAUGGUGCUGAUGGGACUGAUAGCUUUAUUGGCGAUUCCAAUAUUUGGUUUAACAGGUUUCCAUAUGGUUUUGGUGUCUCGAGGUCGGACAACAAAUGAACAAGUAACGGGGAAAUUUAAAGGCGGCUACAAUCCAUUUUCGAGAGGUUGUUGGGAUAACUGUUGUUACACACAGUUUGGGCCACAGUUCCCGAGCUUAAUAAAACCACACAAGUACAAUGCGAAACGAAAACAUUGUCCUCAUGGACCAAUAGCUACGAUCACAAACGAUAGUCAAGUAAAAACUUACAUGGAUAACAGCAAUGGAGUUCGGAAUAUCAACUCUAACGCUUACAAUAAAAUGUCACCUGGUCGUGACGGCUGUGAAUUAGAUAUGGAACCCUCAGCAUCACAAUCCCAAGACUGCGAACCGACACCACCUCUACAGAGGCACGGUUCAAAAAGCAACUUCUUCCUGCCAACGAUCGAGGGUGAAUCUCCAAGGCACCCUAGAGGGGUCCAUUAUCCUCGUAGCAGUCCCCACCCAAGACCGAGGGGACUCGAUCCAAACCGUAGCGGUACCCCGGAGAGUUUAGGUACACAGCGACCGUCUCCCACCAUGCAACAGAGAAUAAAAGCAUUAGGGGUACCGACCCCCCUGGCCCUAUCUAGUCCAGUUAGAAGAUCUAACCCCAGCACUCCAACUCAGCCAAGACGUCCUGACUUCAUCGGUGUGGUCUACUCAAAUCAGACAGGACAGUAUUACGAAUUUCAACCGCAGGAAAACACUGUUCAGCGACAGAUGAUGCCUCAAGGAUACGGCAGCCCACAGCGUCGCUUCAUGUCAGAAGGCGAACUCGUGAGGCAAGAAGCGCAGCUUUCCUAUCCAAGGUCGAACAACACCGUGGAUAAUAUCAGGGAAUUAGCUAACUCACCUCAGAGGGGUGUGUACAUGUGGAAAGAUACAUCGCCCGGUUACGCGCCUCCCCCUCAGCAGCCAGAUUUUUAUCGGUCAAAUCCUACUAGUCCCACACAGCAGACAUAUACUGCCCCCAGACCUUACCAUCCAGCAAUGCGCGGAGGUGUGGCUGUAUAUCCCCCGCAGAGCCCACAGGUGCAUCGUAAAGCACAGAUGGGGGCCGGAACACCUACUGUGCCGGACAAUAGACGGAGGCCCAUGUCUUUUGUCAGAGCUCUGGAAAUGUCGGACACAGUAGAACUAAACUCACAAAACUCUCAGUGUUCUGCUCACAUGUCCCAGCGCCCCACAACGCCCGAUCGUACCAGCGUGUACGAUAUGAACUAUGAAAUAUCGGUAUAGGGUAGGUGUUGGCACUCUCGCCAUGCCGAAUGAGUGCAUUUAGUUUCUCUGCAUCAGAGACCCUGAUAAAGUAAACAUUCCGUUUACUGUUCAUCCCACGGACCUAAGACCUUGUAGUGUGUGUAUUAUAAUCUGUAUGUUAUUUGUUGUUAUUCUACAAUGUUUAUGAUAUUUUUAAUAUUAUAUUGUGCAGUCUCGAAAUCGUGGCUUGUGUUGUUUUGUUGAAUUUUUAACCUGUUUUGUUUUAUAUGUUUCUUUGACACGAGGGAAAAUUAAACGAUUCGACAGUAAUGUACUAAUACGGAACAGUGUGCUCGGGCAAAUUUUUUUUACAAGAGUCUUUGUUGAGUGUAUUAUCGAUAACAUAAUUAUGUAAAUAUUAAUAAUUGUAUAAUUGCAGUAAAUUUAUUUAUAAAAUUGUUUAACGAUACAGAUUUUAAAUGGUUUAACCUGUACAAAUGGAUUAACUUAACAGACUAUACUUUAUUAUUACAUAGAAAACACCUUGGAGUGAUAGAUAAUCAAUUUUAAUUGUUUUAUACAAAUUUUGUACCACCCCUCCUUAUUUAAUAGAAAUUGUAAAUUUUGUCAUC